GGGGCGGCGGCGGGGGCCGCAUCGCGGCAGGCCAGCGGCGAGACGCUGGACAGCCCUACGGGAUCGCACGUUGAAUGGUGCAAACAGCUGAUAGCUGCAACCAUUUCCAGUCAGAUCUCUGGGGCUGUCCCUUCGGAAGGUGUGUCCAGAGACUACCGGGUGUACAGGAGGCCUGAUAUUCGGGCGCUGCGAGAUGGAAACAAACUGGCACAGAUGGAAGAGGCUCCACUUUUUCCUGGCGAAUCAAUCAAAGUUAUUGCUAAAGACGUUAUGUACAUCUGUCCAUUUAUGGGAGCAGUUAGUGGUACGCUGACAGUGACGGACUUCAGGAUGUAUAUCAAAAGUGUUGAAAGGGAUCCACCUUUUGUUGUUGAUGUUCCUCUCGGAGUGAUAAGUAGAGUUGAAAAAAUUGGAGUACAAAGUCAUGGAGACAACUCAUGUGGUAUAGAAAUAGUAUGCAAGGAUAUGCGGAACUUGCGGCUUGCCUAUAAACAGGAGGAACAGAACAGACUGGAGAUUUUUGAAAACCUUGUAACGCGUGCGUUCCCUGUUUCUAAUGGACUGCCUCUUUUUGCAUUCAGCUAUAAAGAAAAGUUUGCUGCCAAUGGUUGGAAAGUAUACGAUCCAAUGUCAGAAUACAAAAGACAGGGCUUGCCCAAUGAGAGUUGGAAAAUAUCAAAAAUUAACAGCACCUAUGAGCUUUGUGAUACAUAUCCUUCUGUUCUUGUUGUGCCAACCAGUGUAAAAGAUGAUGACCUCUCAAAAGUGGCAGCAUUUCGAGCAAAAGGCAGAGUGCCAGUGUUAUCCUGGAUUCAUCCGGAGAGCCAAGCAACAAUAACACGGUGCAGCCAGCCAUUGGUAGGCCCGAAUGAUAAGCACUGUAAAGAGGAUGAAAAAUACUUGCAGACAAUUAUGGAUGCCAAUGCUCAAUCACAUAAACUUAUCAUCUUUGAUGCCAGACAAAAUAGUGUUGCAGAUACAAACAAGGCAAAAGGCGGAGGAUAUGAGAGUGAAAGUGCCUACCCAAACGCAGAGCUGGUCUUUCUGGAAAUUCAUAACAUACACGUAAUGAGGGAAUCCCUGCGUAAGCUGAAAGAAAUAGUUUACCCUACUAUCGAUGAGACGCGGUGGUUAUCAAACGUGGACUCCACGCAUUGGCUGGAAUAUAUAAGGAUGCUUCUUGCCGGAGCAGUAAGAAUUGCAGAUAAAAUUGAAUCUGGUAAAACUUCUGUGGUGGUACAUUGCAGCGAUGGCUGGGAUCGAACAGCACAGCUCACUGCACUUGCUAUGCUUAUGCUGGACAGCUAUUACAGAACUAUCAAGGGCUUUGAAAUUCUUAUAGAAAAGGAAUGGAUAAGCUUUGGACACCGAUUUGCAAUGCGAGUAGGACACGGAGGUGACGAUCAUGCCGAUGCAGACAGAUCUCCCAUUUUCCUUCAGUUCAUUGACUGUGUUUGGCAAAUGACAAAGCAGUUUCCUGCAGCCUUUGAAUUCAACGAGUUGUUUUUGAUCACCAUUCUGGAUCACCUUUAUAGCUGCCUAUUUGGGACUUUCUUAUGCAACUGCGAAAAAGAAAGGUUAAAAGAGGAGUUGAGCACUAAGACUGUAUCGCUGUGGUCCUACAUAAACAGUCAGUUAGAUGAAUUCACAAAUCCUUUCUAUGUAAACUAUGAGAACCACGUCCUGUAUCCUGUUGCCAGUCUGAACCAUUUGGAACUGUGGGUCAACUACUAUGUCAGAUGGAACCCGAGGAUGCGGCCUCAGGUUCCAAUCCAUCAGAACCUUAAGGAGCUGCUCGCCAUCCGCACUGAGCUGCAGAAGAAGGUUGAAGAUCUGCAGCGGGAAGCAGCUACACGGUCCCUGUCCUCCUCCUCUGACAGAGGUUCAUCUCCGUCCCAUUCAGCCACACCAGUGCACACUUCUGUGUGAUGUGUAACUAAAGCUGUGUGAAACAGUUCAAGUCAGGUAAUACAAAGGGGGGCAGAACGUUUUCCCACCACGCAGGGAUUGAGUGGCUUGUGACAGCUGUGAUCGACAUGCCUUACUGUGUCUGAUAUUACUACAAUGAGGCCAAAAAGAGCUUCAGUAGAUGUGAUGUCUUGUAUUGUUGGCAGUCCCCACAUGUUUUGACAUCUCUACUUAAAUCGUCAGUUGUGAAAUUGAACUUCGUUUCAAGCAACUAACAAUUUAACCAUCCUCAAAAGGGAAUCCAUCUGCUAAGCAGACAGAAAGAUGCCUCUCACACUGCCUAGGGUACCAUGCCUGCUUGAGAGAAUCAGAUGAAAUGGACACGAUGCUUACACAGAAUACUGAGGACGUUUUUCUGAAUGGGAGCUCUGUAUUUCACACGGUAAUACAAUAUAUAUAUUUUUUUGGUAGAGCAAUUGUGUUUUUUAAGGAAAUUGAUGCACUUGGAAAUGGAUUUUAAAGUAAUGUUUUCCAAUGUAGUCAGUUUUGCAUUUCAACUAAAUAUGCCAUUAAAAGUGGAUGAAGAUAAACUGGGUUCGUCAAAUACACCGUGCUGACGUGUAUGAUGUAAUAUAUUUGGUGAAGCAUGUAUUUUAGUUUUUUUAAUGCCUUUUGUACAAGUUGCAAUAAAGUCUUUUGAUGGUUUAGUUUAUUGUUCAGCUUCAGCCUCCUGAGUGAGGGGUGGACUUGAUCACAUCAAGGUCUUGUUCAAAGUACGGGUUUGUUUCUAGCAAAUAAUAGCACUGGGGGUUGAAAUGACACUCGGCUGUGCAAAUUGUAUAGUCUGUAUAGCUCCACGUGUUGUUAGCAGUGUUUCAUUUUAAACUGUACACAAAAUGCAGAGGCAUGUCUGUUCAUAUAUGUGUGUGUGAUGUUCAGCUGAUGUUCUUAGGCUCUGAGAAAACGGAUCCUGCCUACCCAAACGCAUUCAAAGACCUUAACUCGUAAUGACUUUGUUUGACAAAGUUUUUUAAAUAAUAUGAGCUUAAUUGGUUUGCUUGGAAUAAAGCCAGCUGGCUGUUUUUUAAA